AUGACAGAUCCCAAACCAAAUAGGAUGGAUAAGUUCUCCCGUCCCUCAUUACAAUGGUUGGUUCCUCUGUCCGGUCAAGUGCCGUCAAUUGCCAAGUCAACAUGGCAGCUUGGCUGGUACCAUUGGCGCAAGCAUGUAGCAUCAAUGGCUAUUCGGAAGCAAUGGGCAUGGAUGGCAACUCGUUCUAAAGAGAAAGCCUCAGGGGGGGAGAGAUCGACUGGUGAAUGCAUCGACCACGGGGAAGGCCAGAAUAGAGGGACUAUCGCGACAUGGGUAUAUCUCUUGUCGUCCUUCCUCUUUAAAAGAUUCACUCGCGUGGUCAGAAAACCUACACAACCAACUUUUUCAAAAUUCGGAUGCAAGGCGGUUGAAGGUAACUCAGUGAUAGACAACCGCCCAUUCUCACCUUCAAACAGUGACGGUGCCGUGCACCUGAUUCGAAAAUCAAUCUCAAUUGACGAAGCUCCUGGCGCGGGGCCCUCAAGGUCCCAAUUCGAUCACACUGAGCCCUUGCUCAGACAAGAUUCAGAUGGCGUACAUGUCGAACGGGACCGCAAGGGACCUCAUGUCCUUCAACGCGAAGCCGGACGCGUAUGGCUAGAUGUACGCGCGUCGGGCCAGUCACUCCCCGCCUUCUCGCUGCAGCUGGCCUCUUCGCCCGCCCAUUAUUUCGUUGCUGGUCCCCUUCCGUGCCUUGUCGUCCCGCCUACGCGGGCACCCACCUCCACACUGGCUACAUUCCCGAUAGUCCCGCCACACGAACUCGUCCCAGCCACCGCCUCUAACGUAUCAGUAAGGACAUACAAUCCCUUCCGGCUCGAACCUUCGCUCCCCGCCUCAUCCGAAAAUCCAUCGACCCAUGACCCCUUGAUGGAGCGUGUCAUACCCACCGACGCACAAAUAUCUACCUUCUCGGAGCUGGAAGGUGCUGUCUACCCUUUCGCAGGUCCCUUGGUUGACAUGGCAUGUGUGGUGGUGGCGUCGCGCCUUGACCCACGGUGGGACCUGGAAGCCGUGCAGCGAAUGAUAAGGGAUUGUUUGGCAUAUGCGGGGAAGCAGCAGCCAUUGAGCAGGGCGAGCCUGGAGUCGAGGGCAAUGGAGGAGACUGUGGAGGUCAGCGAGGUCGAGGUCGGAAGUGGAGAUGAGGAUAGAGAGCGAGACGAGAGCGAGACAACUUGGUCUCAGGAGACCGGAUGCUGGCGCGUCGCGCCUAUGCCUACCCCGAGGCCAAUGGAGGCAGCUGGAGGGUUACACCCAAUGCCUGUGGUCAUACCACAGACUGACGGCGAUGCCCUCAGCAAUGACAAAGAUAAAUCAACAACGUCCACCCACGAGGUGGACAACCCCGCAGGCGAGCCUGUCGUCGAGCUUGUACCGCUGUCAAGUGGAGGGCCCAUGGCAUCUUGGUCUGUGGACGACUAA